AUGAACUCGAUCAACGAAGUGAAACCGAACCUGAAGCGCGUGGUGAUUCGAAAAGUAUGGGCCUCCAAUUUGGAAUAUGAAUUUCUACUCAUCCGUGGACUCAUUGAUCGCUUCCCUUUCAUCUCCAUGGAUACUGAGUUUCCUGGCGUCAUCUUCAAGCCCUCGGAACCUCAUAAUCACCGCAACCUCAGCUCCUCUGACAACUACCGCCUCAUUAAGUCCAACGUGGACGUGCUCAACCUCAUCCAAGUUGGUCUUACUCUCUCAGAUGCAGCCGGCAAUCUCCCUGACCUCGGCACCGGCGGCUCCUCCUUUAUCUGGGAGUUCAACUUCAGAGACUUCAACCUCUCCUGUGAUGCUCACGCUCCGGACUCUAUCGAGCUACUCCGUCGUCAGGGAAUUGAUUUCGUCCGCAACGCUGCCGAGGGGAUUGAUUCAGUCCGGUUCGCUCAACUGAUGAUGUGGUCUGGGAUUCUUUGCAACGAUGCUGUUACUUGGGUCACAUUCCACCCCGCGUACGAUUUCGCAUACCUAGUGAAGAUCCUCACCCGUCAGAGCCUUCCCACCUGCAUGGAGGAUUUCUUGAACAUUGUGAGAGUGCUUUUCGGAAACAACAUUUAUGAUAUCAAAUACCUCAUGCUUUUCUGCAACGGUCUCUAUGGCGGUCUUGAACGAAUUGCUCAAACACUUCAUUUGGAUCGGGCAACCGGGAAGUGUCAUCAAGCUGGGUCCGAUAGUUUGUUGACAAUGCAUGCAUUUGUGAAGAUUAUAGAAAUUUAUUUCGGAAAGGAUGAGCAUAAGAAGCAUGUCAAUAUUUUGUAUGGGUUAGAGAAUCAAGUGGAUCAUCUAUCGAGUCAAUAUUGUUUGAAUGAGGUGGAAUACUUGGUUAUUGUGGAAGAGUUAUACCAGUUAAAUGAAUGUUAA